GGAUGGAGUUUACACAUAUGGGAAGGCAGGCAAACACGGCAGACCAGCUCUGCUUACAUGGAAACAAGCAAUGCCUCUAACCUGCUGACUGACAGCGCAGGGAAAAUGUAUGAGGUUGAUUUCAUAUACGCUAUCUAGUGUCCUAACUAAACACAUUUUUUUGUGCUUUUGUACUUGAAUUACAUCAACUGGUUCAUGUUAAUUUUUUCUUAAAUGCUUCUCUAAGAUGUUGAAUGCAAAUCUGUCUCAGACUCUCAAUGUCAGUACUGAACAGACAUAUGCAGGAUUAUUAGGAAGAAUAUUGUUUACCACGCUGACUGGAAUGCCAUGCUGUUUGUUUCUCCUCAUUAACGGGAUCAUGUUAUUCACUUUGAGGAGUAAAGCUGUGUUUCGUGAGACUUCCCGCUACAUUCUACUGUAUAACCUCCUUUUUGCAGAUACUUUCAUGCUGGCACUGAGUCAAUUAUUGUACAUAAUGGCUGCUUGUAGACUAAUUACAACAUAUCCUGUAUGUGGUGUUAUCACUUUGCUCACCAUUCUCACAAAUGAAAUCUCCCCUCUCACGUUGGUGGUGAUGUGUUUAGAGAGGUAUGUAGCUGUGUGCUACCCACUGAGGCAUGCUACCAUCAUCACUGUCAGAAACACAGCAGGAGCUAUUGUUGUAGUUUGGGCCUUUAGUUCACUGAAUGUCCUCAUACGAGUUCUUUUGCUGCUAGAUUUUCCUUUUGAAGACCUUGGUAGCCUGCAGAUGACAGAGAUUUGCUCUCUCAUAGCAGUGUCAAUUGGACCAAUGUCUGAUCUUUAUGAUAAAGCCUACACUGGUUUUGUGUUUGUAUCAGCUGGUGUGACAGUCACUUGCUCCUAUAUUGGUGUAAUGGUAGCAGCCACAUCAGCCUCCACUGACAAAGCUUCAGCUCGUAAGGGCCGUAAUACAUUGCUGCUGCAUCUGGUGCAGCUGGGCCUCAGCCUCUUGUCAGCUAUGCAUGGCCCUAUUAUUGUAUCACUCUCAACAACCCUACCAACAUCUCAAAUUAUACGCAUCAGGAGUAUUUUUUAUGUGUUUAUUUAUGUUCUUCCCAGAUGUCUCAGUUCUCUCAUCUAUGGGCUCAGAGAUCAGACCAUCAGACCCAUCCUCAUGUACUAUCUCUGCUGUCGACUAAAACUUAGUUAUCCCAACAAAGGCUGA